GAGCUCGUGUCACGUGUUCAAAGUUGUUUACCACGUGCUCUGCGCGUCACCCACAGACGCAGCUGGCCAACUUGGAGCAGCCAGAGACUGCUGUUGGUGUAGCUCGCGAUGUUAUUAGCGGAAUCUAAACUCGGUGCGCCAUAUUCCCCGGUCGGCUCGGCGCGGCUCUGCUGACUUUUUGUUCAGUCUGGUAUUUAAAUCCUACACAACUUCGGCCGACAGCUGACCUCCGAGAGCAACACUGAGCUUCCUCCGGCGCAGCAGCUAGCAGCAGCAGCAGCAGCUAGCUGAACCGAUGGAGUGGCUGAGUAACGGAGCUCCGGUCCGCCGCGAUGGGGACUCCUACGGCGGACCGGAGGGGUCCAGUGGCGUUCGUCCUCACCGGCAGUCACCAUCAUCGCACGUUUGUGAUUGUGCCAUGGCGUCACUCUGCCAGAGCCAGCACCGCUGUGUGAAGGCUUCCAUCGUCUCCAGCUGGAGACUGGCAGAGGCCCAGGAUCAGCUCUGCUCUCUCGGCGUCCAUAGCUCCGAGUCCCUGGAGCAGGAACGUGCUCGGACUCGGGCUUGCCCCACCGAACUCACGCACACAGAGGAGGAGUGGCGCCGCAAGGAGAACAUGCUGGGAUGUCCGGAACCCAGCCGCAGUCCUGUGCUUGGAGCUGUCAGAAGUUGGGACGUUUUUGAUAAGAGUAUCAUCAAUGUCCCAAGUCAAUCUGUAGAAGUGGAUAAGGACAAGUGCAAGACCUUUCUCCAAAAGUAUGACCAAGAGCUCAGGCAUUUUGGUAUGUUGCGGAGAUGGGACGACAGUCAGCGGUUCCUCGCAGACAUGCCUCAGCUCAUUUGUGAUGAAACUGCCAACUACUUAAUUCGGUGGUGCAUGAGACUACAGCAAGAAGGAAAACAAGCACUGAUGGAGCAGGUGGCGCACCAAGCUGUAGUCAUGCAGUUCAUCCUGGAGAUGGCAUCGAACUCUCAGCAGGAUCCUCGAGGCUGCUUCAGGCAGUUCUUCCACAAAGCCAAAGAAGGACAAGACGUCUAUUUAGAAGUCUUCCAUACAGAGCUUGAGGCCUUCAAACACAGAGUGAAAGAAUACACAGUCAAGUCGAGAGAUGAUGCAACCAAGAAUGUCGAACAGCAGAAAACUGGCACAAACUGCAAGCUCGACCCCAAAGAAGCCUUGGACUCUUUACCUCCAGUGGCAGAGUAUCCCGUGAAGCUUUGUCUAGAGGCUGGACUGUGGACAAGCACAGGGAGGUGGACAAAGGAUGACGCUACAGAAACAGACGAUAUACUCAUGAUGGAGACCACCUAGGGAUUGUAGGAUCGGCCCUCGCUUUCCCUCCAUCUCCAUCGCCUUCCCAUUUAGGAACAACCUGAGUUUUAAGCCCUCUUUACACAGCAGACCAGGCUGAAUACACGCAGUGCAAAGCAGGACUAAAAUGACACGUUCAGUCUUUUAAACGGCAGGAAAUAAUGUUUGCUGAUGACAAACAUUUCUGAGUGUUGUCGCUGUGGUUGUUUCGCUGCAGGGUCUCUUGCCAGCUGAAUGGACGUGCACUGCCAUAACCCUGUUUUUAGAGAUGGAGUUCUUAUAUCCUUCAAGCUGGUUCAUCUUUAUUUCUCCUGAAACAGAAACAUCCUGACUUGGAUGCCAAACAAACUGAUAAAUUGAAAAUUACAACCAGGAACACAAAGAAUACCACACCAAUAAAGUCUUUGGGCAGUUAGGUACCAAAUCUAAUGGCUGAGGCAGGUCAGUGGACAUCCGAGGAGUAUUGUUUUUUUUUAGCUGCUUAAGCUAAAAGAGAGAAGCACAACUAAUGGAUAACUGGCUUUGUGUGGCGAGGUUUGGUUAAUGGUGAACGUUUCAUACACUAGAAGGUCUUCUAUACUGUUGACAUUUAUUAAGGCAACGUGUCUUAAAGUGACAUAUGAAAGUACCUAAUCAUGUGCCAGUAUACAGUACCUACUGUAUAAGAGCCAAGAUGAUCAUUCAGCAGGUGGGAUCUGUUUAAUAAUUUGACUUCAAGCUUAAGGGAAAAAAAGAAGGUGUUGCUGUGGUGUUAUGUCUGGAAUGAAAGAGAAAUCUCUUUCCUGGAGAGUUUCCGACUUGUUGUCCAUUGUCAUACCUUUUUAUAUUUUGGAUUACAUGGUCUCGCACAUUUUGUAUUAUUUUACUAAAAGCUUUCCUGCUAGCUGUAUGCUAAUGAGCAAAGAGCAGUUUGUCUGCGUUUUAAUGGCGUAAUGCCUGAAUUUGUACAAAUACAGUUCCAGUUGUGGUUCCUUGGAUUUGUGUACUUUCCAGGUUAAAAAUGAAUCGCAAUCUUGAAGGAAACCGGUUGAUUUAGGAGUUUGGGGACAGAUUCACCCUGCAGGCCUUGGCUCUUACAGCUCUCACUCACAACUGAUAUGCAUGUAUUGAGUGGCACACAACCCACAGGCCUCUUUAGGCUUAUGGGAAGAGGAGAGGAUACAUAAUGCAACAUGUGUGGGUGGCUAGUCAGUUAGCUGGCUCAGUUGUUUCUAAAGUAAGCAGACCUUAAGCUACAUUGUGGCUUUUGGUGCAAAUGAGUUGAUCGUUUAUCUUUGAACACUUUGCAGGAUUGCAGGCAGAACUAAAGUUGGAGCAUGUUAUAGACUUCCGGAGUGGGACAAUACAUGUUCCUGAAAGACUGCACAAGAGUGGUUUUAGUGGUUAAGUAUUCCUUGUGUUGUCUGGAAGGCUUAAAAGACCAAUUCAAAUGCUGAGUAAUCAAACUACCUCCUUUACAUCUUCCAUUAACAUCUUUGACAUUCAGAAUGUAUCUAGUCUUCGCUGUCAGACAAAACACAAAUUCACCCAAUAUACACAAUGAUUAUGUAAUUUUCCGUCCACAUACAACCACAGAUGAUGACACCAGUCGUUGUUCACUUGGCUGCAUCUGCUCAUAUUGUCCUCUGACAGAAAUAAUUCCACCUUUCAGAACAAAUCAGUUGCUUAUUUAAUGAAGCGGUUCACCAUAAUGCACAGACAAAUAUUGAGCUACCGACAUGAGUGCAUGCUUUUACAUGUGAGACAAUAUAACAACGUAGUUUUGAUUACGUGGUAAAGCACAUUUUAGAGGGACAAAGUCAACCGUGAUAAACUUGGUGUUGGGUGUAACUGAAUGAUCCAUAUCUGUCAUCUGGGUGCAAGAGGAAUGGUAGUGUAAGGUGUAAAGGGGUCACUACGUUUGUUUAGUUACCUAAUAUUCAUCAACUGAAUUAGGCUCCUCCUCCUUUUGAGUUAUUUAUCAGGCAUUCAUACGAUCAAAGCUUCAAAUUUCAACUGGCCCACAGCUGAUGGAAAUAAACGGGUUUACUAGGCCUGCAUGGGCUUUGUGUAUUUAUUUUCUCUGGCUCAGCGAUAGGCCAGAUUAAAGCGAUCAUACAUUUCUUUCCCAGCUUUCCAUCUGCAGUGCCCAGCAUCUGAGAACAAAUCACAAGCGCCAGUGUCCUGAUACAAGUGCUCUGUGCAGACAGAAGUCAGUGGUGUGUUGGUUGCAUGAUUCUGGGAUCUACACCCAAGGAGCUGAAAAGCACCACUGUGGAGGGGAAAAGGGCCGAGCCCCCCUACAAAGAAAUGUUUGUAUGCCGAAAGGAAUCCUCUGCAUCUGAAUGUGUCCUGCACUUUAUAUUUCUCUGGCGAGGUCGAGAUGGAGUAUUUGAAGCGCUUGACUUUAUAAUUCGUCCUACCAUAUUUUUAUUUUUACACUUUUUUUGUUGUUUCCCGUGUCGUCCAGAAUUUAAAGCAGGCUUUAGAUUAGCUUGCAUUUUGAAUUGUAGACAUUUUGUUUUACUCUUUGUAUGCUGUUUGCUGACAUUCUUUCUUUCUUUCUUUUUUAUCAAUGUGUUCACGGGAGCUUUUGCCCAGUUUAUCAGGCUUCCAAUUAACUGUCUCCUUGUUAAUAGUCUUCUUUUUUUUUCUUUUUUUUUUAUCAAGACAGCCAAAAUCAGAAUGAAAAUCUGCUUGCUGCAGACUGGGGAAUGAAAUUUACCGCGUGAUGCAUUAAAGUACAAUGCCUGUGUGGAUGACUGAAAGCUACUGUGUGCUGCACCUGUCGUUACACUCGUCAUUAUGUCCCAGCUUUACGUCUGAUCAGCACAGUGCUCGUGUCGGGCAGUAUCAUACAAACUGUAAACAUAAGCAGAGGUAUUGUAAGCAAUGUGCUGUAGUGGUUUGAAAUGUACUUUUUAUUUAUUUUUUUGGUCCAAAGUGACUAAUCCACUAUGCAAACUAAUUGUAUGGCUUAACGCUGUUGUACUGAACCUGUGGUCCAUGUCCAUGGUGUCUCAACGUCCUGAAAUAUUUGAAGAUUAUCACAAAAGCUGUGAGUGAAGAUUGAGAGACUCGAUGUAGGAAUUUCAGUCACUAAGCUUUGAGUUUUAAGAAAAUGAUACACUUCUCACUCACAGUAGACCACUGUAAGAUUUGUCUUCUCUUGAUGCUGUUGAUGACUCAAAUAUAAAACAAGUGCUACA